CAUCAUCACUUUUUAAAUAAUUACUUAUUAAAUAAAAAAUCAUAUAAUCUUCACAAAAUGUUUCAUUGUGGAAUGCGACAAAUGGAAGAGAAGCAUGUUGCAAAUCAAGUAGAUCUUAUGGUUUGGAGUAAUCGUCUUGAUUUAUUAGCUCUUAGCAAUUUUAAAGGAGAAGUCCAGGUGCAUAGGCUUCACUGGCAAAAAGUUUGGAAUUUACCACCUCCCAAAGAUAAUGUAAUGGUUGAUUCAAUGGCAUGGAGACCUGAUGGCAAGGCAUUAGCUAUUGGUUACAACUCUGGUAUUGUUUGCAUAAUAGAUAUUGAAGAUAAAGAAAUUAUUGACAAGUAUGACUUUACUUAUGAAACAUCUGAAGAAUUGUAUAUGGCAAAUAAUUAUGGAAUUCCUUGUAUUACUUGGGCUGUUAAAUCAGGAAAUUUAGAAAGUGCUUUGGAAUAUAAUGUAUAUGAUGAUCCAUCCAUCUUUCUGCCAAAUCCUCCUUCGCCUAGUAAUACAUACAAAAAUCAAGGUGUAGAGGAUAAUAUAAAAAGUUGUCAUAAUACCAUAGAUCAAACUCAAUUGAGUAUGUUAAUGAUUGCAUAUGGCAGUGGAAAUAUUUAUAUGAGUGUUUUUGGUAGAUAUCCAUAUGGAACCAUACAUCUGUCUCACAUUACUAAGGAUGAUUAUGGAGAAUAUAAAAUACUUGAUAUAAAUUUAUCAGAAGAUUUUAGUGUUAUGCAAGUAUUGUACUUGGACAAAACCACUAAUAAUAUUAGUUUGUCUCUUGUAAAUACAAGUGUAUUAUCAGCUUAUGCUGAAGAACUGUUUACGGUUGCAACUAAACAUGGGCAAAUUGGUUCAUUGUUGACAAAUUUGGAUAGAACAAUGAUUUCAAUAACAGAAGCUUGGGAACAUAUAUUAUUAGAGAUGGAUACUAAAAUGGCAUAUUAUGCGUCUUCAGUAGCAGAGGGUGGAGUAUCGGCAGAUUUGCUUGAACUACUAAUGUUAGGAGUUCCAUCGGAUGAAUUAGAAGUGUUUCUGCUCCAAGAAUUAACAGCCAAAGGCUUAAAGAAAUUUGGCAAUUCAGUUGAGUUGAGUUAUUCAACUAUACAAAAGUUAGUUUUAAGACAGUUAAAUAUUAUUGGGCAGAGUGUUACAUAUCAUCUAGCAGAAUUAAGAGGUUUAACCAGAAUACCGGAUAGAUAUAAGGUUUUGUGUUUAGAAGAGAAAGUGGUGACAGAAGCAAUAAGAGCUUCUUGUGCCUUUUUGAAUAAAUGUCUUGAAUUGCAACAAGUAAUUGAUGUAUCAAUGCGCAAUUAUAAAGCUUUCUUUAGAUGGCUUUUUGUUGUAAUUGUUCGAUUACUGGAUGAGCAAACAUCCAGUGAAAUUGUAAAAAUAACCCAACAAGAGCUUACACAUAUUGCAGAAUUUUUGUAUAAUUUUGAUAAUGUUCAUGAAGAAAACAAUGAUAGUCCAACAGAGAGACCCGUUAAAUUUAACUUAGAAAGGUUGGGUCAAUAUUUGUUGGAUGAAGAUUUAACAAUACUACCAGAUGAUGAAGACAAUCCAUGGCAUAAAUUUCUUAAAGAAAAUUCAUGUCUAUUAAAGGAGAAUGAUACAAUCUUUUCCAUGCUAGAAUUUAAAAAGUUUUCGUUGGUGCAACAGCAGAAUCACUUAAAAAUAUCUGUGGGUAAAAUAUUUGAUGUUAGAAUUAAGGAUGUAGCCAAAUAUUUCUCUGUAUUAUACAACCUUAAACUAUAUGAAUAUCAAAACAAAUUACCAAAAGAACAUUUAAGGAUAUCACAGAUAUUUGAUGCUACUGAGGAGAGAUUCAUGAUGGCAUUCACUGACAGUGAACAUAUGACAGAAGGAAUAAAAUUCAUGUCUGUAAAUAUCAAGGAUAGAAUUUGCAUAGCCACAGCUUCCAAGUUUUCUAUUUCAUCUUGUUUACUGCGUGAUAACACUGAUAUACCCGAGCGAGAUCUUUCAAUUCUUGAUCUACAAUUUUAUUCAUCAGAAUAUUUAUCAGUUCUAGUGAAUCACCCAAAUAUAGAAGAUUGUACAAUUUUUAUUCAAGUUCCACUCAAAAUUGUUUUAGAGAAUUCAAGUGAAUUUAAUAUGAAAUCAAAGUCAUUAGUUUUUAAUGAGAAAGUUGUAAGGAAAAAUAUAUCACCACAAUUAGAUAAUAGUGUUUACAAGGUCCUUGAUAAAAUGGACGGUUUUCGUAUUGCUGUAUCUGGUGGUCGUAAAGUGGCUGUUGUUUUGUCAAACAGUCACAGGAAGGUUAGAGUGUUUGAAAUGGAAAUUAAUGGAGAAGAUGAGGAUGAUGAGACUUUUGACACAACACCUCUUUCACAAGGCAAAAAUACUAGUGAAAAUCAAAGCACACCUGAUAAGCAUAAUGUUCAAGACAUUCCAUUUUAAUUCAAUAAAACACAAU